AUGGACUCCGGCUCCUUCGCCAGGAUCGUGGAGCGGCGGGUCCGGAGGGUUCUGAAGGCUGAAGAACACAGUGGUGAGUCCCGGGUUCCUCUCACAGCCGUCCUGGACGCUGAUACGGAGGACGUCCACCGCUGGGUCCAUGUUUUCUCAGUUCUGAUCUGUAACCAUGUUUUCUCAGUUCUGAUCUCGUUCAUCGAGACGGCUCUGCCCACGCUGGUCAUCCCCAUCCUGGAGCCGUGCGGCCGCUCCGAGUGCCUGCACAUCUUCGUGGACCUGCACUCGGGCAUGUUCCAGCCCAUGCUGUACGGACUGGAUCAGUCCAUGCUGGACGACAUCGAGAAGUCCAUCAACGAGGACAUGAAGCGCAUCACGUCCUGGCUGCAGCAGCUCAAGUUCUGGUUGGGCGAGCAGCGCUGUCGUCAGUCUGUCAAACAUCUUCCCACCGUCUGCACGGACGUCCUCCACCUGUCCAACUCGUCCUCCCACCCCGUGGGCGGUUUGUCCAAGCACAAGCUGUUCAUCAAGCUGACCCGCCUGCCGCAGUACUACAUCGUGGUGGAGAUGCUGGAGGGGCCCGGUUCUCCCACGGCGCUGCAGUACCAGUACUCCUUCCUGUCGGUGACCCAGAUGGACGGGGAGGACGGUCCGGCGGCUGCUCAGCUGCUGCAGCAGUUCAAGCCCAACCUGGAGCACCUGGUGCAGGACACGGGGGGACGGGACCGGCCCGGGGCCAAGAGGAAGAUCUCUAAAGACCAGGGAGAGCUGGAGCCCAAGAAGCCCCGACGGUCCGGGGAGAUGUGUGCCUUCAACAAGGAGCUGGCCCACCUGGUGGCCAUGAGCGACACCAACAUGCCCUUCAUCGGGCUCAGAGCAGAGCUGUCCAACAUGGAGAUCCCCAGCCAGGGCGUCCAGGUGGAGGGAGACGGCAGCAGCCACGCCAUCCAGCUCCUCAAGAUUCCCGCCUGUAAGGGCGUGGGGGAGGAGACCCGACGGGCCCUGCAGCGCUCCCUGCUGGACUGCACCUUCCGGCUGCAGGGACGCAACAACCGGACCUGGCUGGCCGAGCUGGUGCUGGCCAACUGCCCGCUGAGCAGCACCAGCAGCAAGGAGCAAGCCUCCACCCGUCACGUGUACCUGACCUACGAGAACCCUCUGUCGGAGCCGGUGGGAGGACGGAAGGUGGUGGAGAUGUUCCUGAACGAGUGGAACGCCAUCAGCCAGCUGUACCAGUGCGUGCUCAACUUCUCCCGGGCGCUGCCAGACAUGCCCUCGUACCUGAGCGUGUUCUCGGAGGUGCGGCUCUACAACUACAGGAAGCUGGUUUUGUGCUACGGCUCCACCAAGGGCAGCUCCGUCACCGUCCAGUGGAACUCGGGCAGCCAGCGCUUCCACCUGGCCCUUGGAACCGUCGGACCGAACUCAGGCUGCUCCAACUGCCACAACAUCAUCCUGCACCAGCUGCAGGAGAUGUUCAACAAGACGCCCAGCGUGAUGCAGCUGCUGCAGAUUCUGUUCGACACGCAGGGCCCCCUCAACGCCAUCAACAAGCUGCCCACGGUGCCGAUGCUGGGCCUGACUCAGCGCACCAACACGGCCUACCAGUGCUUCUCCAUCCUGCCCCAGUCGCCCACGCACAUCCGGCUGGCCUUCCGCAACAUGUACUGCAUCGACAUCUACUGCCGCAGCCGCGGCGUGGUGGCCAUCCGGGACGGAGCCUACAGCCUGUUCGACAACACCAAGAUCGUGGAGGGCUUCUACCCGGCCCCGGGGCUCAAGACGUUCCUGAACAUGUUCGUGGACGCCAACCAGGACGCGCGGCGGCGCUCGGUGAACGAGGACGACAACCCCCCGUCCCCGGUGGGCGUGGACGUGAUGGACAGCCUGAUGAUCCAGCUGCCGGCUCCGCAGCAGCCCCAGGCCCUGAGGGGGGGGGCGGGAGGGGUGUACCCCCCCCUCACGUCUCCACCGCCCAACUACCACGCUAACGUAGCCCCCUCGCCGUCCAUGAUGCCCACGCAGUCGCCAGGGAACAUCCACGCCGCUGGCUCCCCCAGCGGGGCCCUGAGGGCCCCCUCGCCCUUCGGCCCCACCCCUUCUCCAUCGUCCCUGGGCAUAGCCAUGGGCCAGACCAGCUUUGCCAGUCCCCACGGCCCGCUGGACCCCAGCUCCCCGUACCCCAUGGUGUCCCCCAGCCACCGGGGCCAGUGGCCCGGAUCCCCGCAGGUCUCGGGGCCGUCGCCCGGGGCCCGGAUCCCGGGCAUGUCUCCCGGAAACCCCUCGCUGCACUCGCCCAUCCCUGACCCGCAUUCGCCCCGCGCCGGGACCGGUUCCCAGGUCCUGCCCACCAGCAUGCCCCCCCCCCGUAAGCUACCUCAGCGGCCCUGGGCCGCCUCCAUCCCCACCAUCCUUACCCACAAUGCCUUGCACGUGCUGCUGCUGCCGUCGCCCACGCCCUGCCUGGGCCCCGGCCUGUCGGGCAGCUACCUGUGCUCUCCGCUGGAGCGUUUCCUGGGCUCCGUCAUCAUGAGGCGUCACCUGCAGAGGAUCAUCCAGCAGGAGGCCAACCUGUCCAUCGUGAACUCCAACGAGCCGGGCGUCAUCAUGUUCAAGACGGACGCGCUGAAGUGCCGCGUGGCGCUGAACCCCAAGACCUACCAGACGCUGCAGCUGAAGGUGACGCCGGAGAACACGGGGCCCUGGUCCCAGGAGGAGCUGCAGGUGCUGGAGCGCUUCUUCGAGACCCGGGUGGCUGGUCCUCCCUUCAAGUUCAACACCCUGAACGCGUUCACCAAGCUACUGGGAGCCCCCACCAACAUCCUGAGGGACUGUGUCCGCAUCAUGAAGCUGGAGCUGUUCCCCGACCAGGCGGGCCAGCUCAAGUGGAACGUCCAGUUCUGCCUCACCAUCCCGCCCAGCGCGCCCCCUAUCGCCCCCCCCGGGACCAUCGCCGUGGUGCUCAAGUCCAAGAUGCUGUUCUUUCUGCAGCUGACCCAGCGGGUCCCGGUCCCCCAGGACCCGGUCAGCAUCAUCGUCCCCAUCGUGUACGACAUGGCCACGGGCCUGACCCAGCAGGCCGACAUCCCGCGCCAGCACAGCUCGUCCGGCGCCGCCGCGCUCAUGGUGUCCAACAUCCUGAAGAGGUUCAACGAGCUGCACCCGGCCCGGCAGGGCGAGUGCACCAUCUUCUCUUCAGUCCACGAGCUGAUGAUGAACCUCACGCUGCCGCCCGGAACCCGCCAGUAGAACCGCCGACCCGGAACCCUCGACCCGGAACCACCAACCCGGAACCCUCGACCCGGAACUAUGGACCCGACCCGGAACUAUGGACUCAGAACCCUGGACUCAGAACCCUGGACCCGACCAGAACCGGAGACUUGCAUUUGUUAGCACACUAUUUAAUUGCCUUUGUUUAUAUCUAUUUUUAUUUCUUUAAUACUGUAAAACUGUGAGAACUUUCUACGCCAGUUGUAUUUUAUUACAGCGUUUUGUCCUGAAGGUUCAGGAACCUGUUGUUGCUGUUUAAUAAAAACAAGUAGCUUUGUGA